UGACUUUGACAUAUGAUUUAUUAUUGUUGUAGGAGGUUAUGUGGUCUAAUUACGAACUAUUAGAGUAUUAGAUAACUUUAGCAAAAUAAAUAUGAUGAUAUAGAACUGAACAGAAUACUCUUCAAAAUUUUGGUGUAUACAGUUUUAUACAAAUAAUUGAAAAUGGAUUUCUUUUCGGAAAUAAUAGGUGAAACCGUAAUACUAGGCAUUGAUUCGUUAAUAUUGGGAUUUUGUGUAAAACAGCUGAGCAAAUGUAAAUAUAUAUUGAACGCGUUACAGUCAGCCCCAGUGCUAGACAUAGAUUCAACUUUAAACAAGGAGAUUAACAAGUACCCCAGUCAUGUGAUCCCAUAUGUGGUGAUAAGGGGUCUUGUGAAGCCUCUUGGCAACCCAAUUACGAGCAACUACCACCAAUCUGUAACUGGUGUAAUUCAAAGGUUAACAAUAAAAGAACAUGUCAUAGCAAGAACAUCAGCUGGGUUCUGGUCGGACCAGACUCGCACAAUUCAUGAGGUUUACAACUCAACCCCUUUUGUACUCAAUAGUGGAAAAUACAGCAUUGAAGUUGUGGAUGCUCUAGCUGCAGAACUAUUAGACUUGGAUGUAAUAUCAGAUAAGUUUGAGCCAAUGUCUCCUGGUGUGAUUGACCAUGUCUGGGGGUUCUUCUCGGGAGUUCGGCAGCGCGGUCUUCAGACUAUGGAGGAGAUGCUUCGAGAUGGUUCCUACAUAACUGUUGUAGGAGAAUUGAGUAGGACCAGUUCUGGCCUAAAGAUUCAGCCACCAAGAGAUGGACUGCCCCUUUACCUUACCACUGCCACAAAGUCUAGUUUAUUGAAGAGGCUAGCUAGUUCGCGGGAUUUCUUGAGAAUCCUCCUCGGCGUAUUCGGCACAGUCGCCGCCAUAGCGUCCGGCCGCGUCCUCUACAAGUACAUGAAGAGACGCCGACGGCGCGAGGCUGAGGAGCAGCUGAAGAAGCAGCUGGCGGCCGGCCGUCGGCAGCGCCGCGCACACACGCGCGACCACGCGCUGCCCGACCUGCAGCUGUGCGUCGUCUGCACAGAGAAUCCCAAGGAGAUAAUUCUGCUACCUUGCGGUCAUGUGUGCUUGUGUGAAGACUGUUCAGAGAAUAUCAAAGACAAGUGCCCUAUUUGCAGAGAGAGAAUAGAAUCCCGCGCACCAGCUUUUAUAACGUAAAUAAUAAAAUAUAUUUAUUAGUUAAUUUAUUUAAACAUACGGCCUAUUCAAGGAUGUAAUUGUAUUGUAUUAUGUAAAUAUAUCAUUAAAGAGUUUUGAUUAAAAUCAAUAUCACCUUAUCUUUAAAUUCUUGGUAAAUUAAACUAAAAAUAUCAAAAGUAUUUUUCAGUUAGGUAAUCAUAAUUCAGUACAAGACUAUAUUGUUUUUCUAGUCACAAUAAAUCAUUUACAUUCAUGUUGAAAUGUUUAUCAUAUCAGCCGUGCAGAAAAUUUUUUUUGUUGUUAAAGGGUUGGGCAGAAAAUAGCACAAAUGUAAAACAUAGAAUCUUGUUAAUGUUUUUCUUCGCAUUAAAUGCAACUGAGAGAAUGUAUAAAUCAAAAAUGUAUAUUUGGUAAAGUGUAUGUAAGAUAUGGGUGAAAUAAAGGUUAUUUUAUAUAAUAUCUGUAUAUUAUUUAUAAUAUAAUCUAUAAACACCAUUUAUAGUCUGUAUCAGAAACUUAUAUGUAGUGAAUCUAUUUUCCCACAAGCUCCACCGCAAGUGUCAUCUUCGUCAACUAUUUGUUCAUCAGUAUUAUGUGAGUCAACUUCAAAAUCAUCAUCAUUUGUAGCAUUUGCUACUUUUUCAGUGUUACUGUGAUCUAUUUUCUCAGAUAUUAAAUUUGAACUGUCAUCUUGGGUGGCUUCAGAUAAUCCAUAUUCUUUCAAAAGUACUUUUACUUUUGAAUUAGUGAUAUCAUUAUCUGUAUUUAGUUUUUCAUCACUUUGUCCAUUACAACAUGUCUCUGAAGUUGUUUUAUGGGUUUUAUUAAUUUGUGCUGUUUGCUUACUCUUACAUGAAGAUCUGCAUACUUUGCCUUUUGAAAUGCAAUUAUUUUUCUCAUAUUCCUCAUUAAUAUUGUUUAUUGCUUCUUCUAAAGAUUUGUUUUGUUUUGCAUUAUACUCUUCUAACAUUCUUUUUGCUUUCGAACUUUUGCCUAUACCAAGCUUCGGAAGUCCUUUGUUCAGGCCUUCUAAGAGAACACAAGCCUUGCAUACUUCCUGGGAAGACACAAAGUUGCAUCGAAUGCAUACUCUUUGGGAGGGAAGUGAUACCGCUUCUUUAACUUCCAUUGUUUCACCUG